GGAGCUCAAAGCGGUGCCGACUCUUCCCAUCUUGCCGGGCAGCCCGGGACGGGACCGAUUUUCCAGGCCCAGCGGGGAACCCUGAAUCUCGGCUGCGGCUCCCCGGAGACGCUCCUGACCCCUGACCCCCUAACCCGGGGACCACCGCCCUUUUUCCCCACUAGGGGGCUUGCAGCUGUCGAGAUGCGUAGGCAGCCCGGCCUGAGGACCAGCAUCCGGGUACGAGGCGGGGGUCCCCCUCCCCCCUUGCUUCCUUCUCCCGCAGGAUGUUAGGAGUCUGGGGAAUGGAGCGGGAACACCAGGAAGCUCUGAAGAAGAAUCGGGUUGUGCUGGCCAAGCAGCUAUUGCUUAGUGAACUCUUAGAGCACCUCUUGGAGAAGGACAUCAUCACCCUAGAGAUGAGAGAAUUGAUCCAGGCCAAAGUAGGCAGUUUUAGCCAGAAUGUGGAAUUUCUGAACUUGCUGCCCAAGAGGGGUCCCCAUGCUUUUGGAGCCUUUUGUGAUGCCUUACGGGAAACCAAGCAAGGACACCUGGAGGACCUGUUGCACAAAACCCUCUACAGUUUUCAGCAACUACUGCCAUCGUUGAACUGUGAUGAUGACUCAAAUCUCCCUCUCCCAGUGUGUGAAUCCUGUUCCCCUCACAAGCAACUCCGACUGUCUGUAGAGACCAUGGAACAUUCUCUGGAUAAUGGAGAUGGACCCCCCAGCCUCCAGGUGAAACCCUGUACCUCAGAGUUUUAUCGGACACACCACCAUUUGGCCUACAGAUUACAAUCUCGACCUCGUGGCCUAGCACUGGUGCUGAGCAAUGUGCACUUCAAUGGAGAGAAAGACUUGGAGUUCCGAUCUGGAGGGGAUGUGGACCACAGUUCUCUAGUAACCCUCUUCAAGCUUUUAGACUAUGAUGUUCAUGUCCUGCGUGACCAGACUGCACAGGAGAUGUAUGAGAAGCUCCAGAGGUUUGCACAGCUGUCAACUCACCAGAACACAGAUUCCUGCGUGGUUGCACUCCUUUCCCAUGGCAUAGAAGGUGGCAUCUAUGGUGUAGAUGGCCAGCUGCUCCAGCUCCAAGAGGUUUUUCAGCUCUUUGAUAAUGCCAACUGCCCAAACCUGCAGAACAAACCCAAGAUGUUUUUUAUCCAGGCCUGUCGGGGAGAUGAGACAGACCGAGGGGUGGACCUUCGAGAUGGGAAGGAGCACAUGGCUUCUCCAGGGUGUGAGCAAAGUGAUGCUGGCAAAGAAAAGAUACUGAAAAUGCGACUGCCUACGCGCUCUGACAUGAUCUGUGGUUAUGCAUGCCUCAAAGGCACCGCUGCCAUGCGCAACACCAAGCGAGGAUCAUGGUACAUUGAGGCCCUGACUCAAGUAUUCUCUGAAAGGGCUCGAGAUAUGCAUGUGGCAGACAUGUUGGUUAAGGUUAAUGCACUUAUUAAGGAUCGAGAAGGCUAUGCCCCUGGUACAGAGUUUCAUCGAUGUAAGGAGAUGUCUGAGUACUCCAGCACUCUCUGCCGCCACCUUUACUUAUUUCCAGGACAUCCUCCUACACAAUUGGCAUCUAUUUUUCCAUCUAGCCCAGAGUGAGACCACAGAAGGCAUGACUGAACUGUCCCUCUUCAGAAUGGACCAUUUAUUCCUCCCCCUCAGGGAUAAUGGGACUCUCCCAGGCUUGUUUUAUAUAUCUUUUGUUUACCAUUUUGAAGAUGGGGUCUGCAAGCCAGCUCCUCUUGUGUGUGAAACUCUAGAGCUAUUUCUUGGCAAUCCCUGGUCUGAAUCACUGCCAGGAAGAGUGCUUAGGGUGUACCAAUAAGGGAAUCUGGCAGGUAUUUCUAGAAUACAAUGCUUUUGUGGGCUAAGGGAUAUGUGAGCUUUAGUCCUGAGUACUAGUAUUCAAUACUCAACCAAGCCUCAGCCUUAGCCUCUUGUGGAUAUUGAGUUCACUCCCCAGGAUUAUUGUGAAUAGCACUUUGAAUGUUGUUUUUAUUAUGUGAGUUAAGCCAUUUGGAUGAUCUUCUUCACUUCUUAUCUUGUCUGUUUUCAAAUACUACUUUCCUUCCCAUUCAGGGAUAUUUGGGGUAAUGUCCUUUAGUACUAUUUAAUUUGGUACUUUAAAAAUCUAUGAUUUCUUCAGUAUGACUAUCACUCUGUUAUAUGAUGAAACCUCUCCAUGACUUAGUAAGUGUAGUCCAGAAUUACCAUGGCCAAAAAAUAAUUGCAUCCUUUCGGUUUGGUGAUGUUUCUUUUGAAACUAAACUAAAGCUAGAUUCCUCUUUGGACAUAGGAACCAUCACUGAAUCCAUUUUCAAACCCUUUCUAGCUUUGUGUAGGUUCUUUCUAUUAGAAUUUGUACUUCACUAGCUUAGUCUUUGAGAUUCCAAUGGAUAGCAUUUAAAAGGGGAAUUAUUUGGUCGUAGAGGGCCAAGCACAACUCAAGACACUGUAUCAACAGUAAUGACCUAUGCAUUCUCCUUUUUAGUACUGUAAAACUUCCCUGUGGUGGGGACUGUCUUCCCCUGAUCACCUUCUCUUCAUCAUCCCAGUGCUGGAGAAGGGUGAAAACUCCCCUUACCAAGUGAUUAAGGUGACUUUUUCUUAUUCUUCCCCCAGGAAGUUUCCUAGAUUUCAUAUAUAGUUACUUUCUCCUGUAUUUUCCUAUUGAAAUGGGCAAUACAGCAUAAGAAUGGAGAAUGGAUGGGAAUGAUACCUCAGAAUAAUCUAAUUUCUUUUUUUUUCCCUUUAUCUCCUAUCCUGAGUUGUCACCAUGUCCCCAUUUUCUUCAUUUCAGAUGCUCUGCCUUUCUCACUUCCCAUUUUCCAUCCAAGCUAGGUUUUCCAUGUUUUCUGCCAGAAUUGCUUUAAAAUCUUCCUAGCUAAUAUCCCUACUUCCAGUCUUUCACUCUCCAUCCCUUCUAUAUGCUACUAUUAGAUAAAUUUUCUAAAUUAUUCCUCUGCUAAAGAAACUAUAGAGUUCUAAACCCUGGUCUCACUGGAUUUAUUCAAGCUUUUCUUGCUCUAUUCUUCAAUAGGUACCCCCUGUUCCUCUCAAAUUAAUAUGCUCACUUUCCACAAUGUUCAUUUCUUCUGUGGUGCCUUUGCUCAUGAUGUUGUCCCUCCUUUAAUGCUUUCCUUCCUAUACUGUAUUUCUACACAGCCUUACCAAUCCUUUGGCUCAGCUCAGUUCUCAUGUCAAUGAAGCCUUCUUUGAAUUCCUUUGCACUUAAUACUACCACAAUUUAGUACUUAACUGUAUUCCGAUUUUUUGAUGUGUGUUCGUUACAGUUGCCCAAAGAAACUAUAAACUUCUUGAGGGCAGUGACCAUGUGUCAUACUUAUGUAGCCCCCGUAGCGUGGGCACAAAGUAAAUACAAAGAUCAUGUAUUAUACACACAGCGUAUAAUCUCCCACAGUGCCCUGUACUAUGCUAGGGUCUAUAGGUGCUCAAUAAAUAUUUACUGAUUAGAGUUGGGGUCCUGCAGGAAGAUAUUCAUUUUCCCCAACCUAUCUUCCUAAUCCCAGUCUAGGGGUUAGUAUGAUGUAGUAGGGUCUAGAAGUGAGCCUCUUCCCCACUUCCCACUGCCAAGGUUUUGUAUUACUUUCAGGUGCCAAAUAAAUAUUUGUGUUUGUUACCAAACUUCCCCAAUACCUCUCCCUGUGGCUUACCAGAUAUCUGAACUCUUUCAUUUACCUUGUAAACCUACCUCAUCAUCCUCUAAUUUCAUCACAUGUUGCCUCCAGAACCCCCCAAAAAACAAACUCUAGCCUCCUUUUAUGAUAAAGAAACAAUUAGACUUCACCUUUAAAUAACCACUUUGGCUGUGUCCAUGGACAAAUACAUCAAGCAUUCAGAGUUCUUGAGGAAAUUUGGCAGGUAGUAGGUCAAAUGGGUUCAAUAAGUCUGUCAGUCUUACAAUAGGAGUCUAGAAUAAAUGAAUGGUCUACAGUAGGGUUUCAUUUCUCUAUCUAAAUUGAGCUCAAGCCUUUAAGCACCUUUAAGGGGUCUUGAUAUAAAACUUAAAGGAAUAACUACAGUGGCAGGAAAUAGUGAAUUGUAUAGAAGGAGAACAGAUUUGGGGAUCAAAGAGCCAAGAUUGGAGUGGAUUAAAAGAAAUGAACUUUGGUAACUUUGAUAAAAUGAAGGGUGGGGUGGGAAUGAUAGGAAAAAUAAAUGUUAAGAUGAUUAUGGAUUAUAGAAAAUUUGUGGAACAAUGAUAAGAAAUUUUAUAUAUAUAUAUAU